CAAUGCUCUGAACACGAAGGUGUGCAGUUCCGCCCCCUUCUCCCAUGCUGAGUCACAGGCAGUGCCUUGGAAAGCACGGGCGAGCCACAUGCAGGGAAACUUGCAGGUGUGGUUCUGGCCGGGGACCCCGGUAUACUGUACUAAUAUGUGUAGGUUCCCGUAAUUCGAGUGAGAUUGUCAUGGCGCAAAAGCAGAUAUGGUCUGGUAUUCCCUUGUUCCCUGUAUUAGUUAUGCUCUUUAUAUCUCGUCUAGCAGAAACUAAUCGAGCUCCGUUUGAUCUCCCAGAAGCGGAAGCUGAAUCAGUUGCAAGCUAUAAUAUAGAAUAUGCGCGGGACGCGAUCCUUAAUAGUUCACUGUUGGCGAAAGCCAAUGUCCCGGGGUCUCGGGGACUCAUUCUGACUGAAACAAGGGGCGGGUCUUUACCAACUUCCAAAUAUUCUAUUUUAGGGAAAAGGUGAGCGCCUAGCGCGAAAGGUUGCUUUACUAAGUAAGAUAAGGCAAGAAGCAAGGGCACAACAGCUGCACAAAAGCCCUUGCUUCUUAGCGCAUCCCUUUGCUUGCUCGUUAGCGCUUGACUAAUAAGAUAUAAAGAGCCUUUCUUGCUUGUUUAGUAAAGUCUCGCUUUUUGAUAGGAGUAGGUGCUUGCUAGGGCAGGGAACUUUUCAUUCUUCAUUCGAAACUACCAAGUGUCGGGUUGGGGAUUUCUGCCUUGUUAUAAAAAAGGGAGUUGGGUAAAGCAAACUCUCUCCUUGGAAGAGCACGGGUUUAGUCAAAUAGAACCGGGUUGCGCUGCUUGAUGCUCCGAUCGAAAACAAAUCAGUGGGGCCAUGCCGGUACGACUGAAUAUGUGUUAGAAAGGUCAAUCCCUCCCCUACGACACCAAAAAAACCGGGCCGAACUUCUAAACCACCCGCUUCCAUAAAACAAUAUUGUGGCAACGUAGACCUAAGUGGUCAUAUUGUAUCCUUGGGAACCAUCACAAGUACGGCCGGCCUAUAUAUAUUUGAACGAAAAUGCCGUGUCGUCCAGCGGAGCCUAGAAGAAGGUGACUCGCGCAGACAUCUAACUCCUUUUCAAUAGAAAAGAAUAGCCAAACCAACCCAGCUGGCUGGUCAAUCUCAGAGAUC